GGGGUCGCUUCAACCAGCAGACACGAAUAGUGUUAAUGUAGCCCAUUGACUUGGCAACACAGGAACACUAACCGCGCCAAUGAACCUGUUUUUGUGAACUAAACUGAUUCAAAAGAUUCGAGCCACUAGGAUGAAUCAAAGGCACGCGCUCGACUCUGGGUGUGCACGACAGGGCAGGCGCUCGUGCACGCUCUCAGCUCUCCUCUCCUCUCUGUAUCUCACAGCAGCAGCAGCAGCAGCGCCUCUGGGAGGAUGGAUGGAGCGGGCUCGUUCGGAGCGGGCCGAGCCGGUUCGGCCUUUGAUCUGAUUGCGUUCAUCAAACAACCACAGACAACCCUAAGAGUCCUGGCGUGGAUCUUCUCCAUGGUGGUCUUUGCUUCUAUAAUUAAUGAGGGCUAUGUGAAUAUGGGCAGUGAGCGCCUGCACUGUGUCUUUAAUAAGAACGCAGACGCCUGUAACUACGGCAUCACUAUAGGAAUUGUGGCUUUCUUAGCCUGUGUCUCCUUCCUGGCCCUGGACGUCUACUUCCCCCAGAUCAGCAGUGUUAAAAACAGAAAGAGAGCAGUGCUGUUGGAGAUGGUUUUUUCAGGUUUCUGGACAUUCCUUUGGUUUGUAGGAUUUUGCUUUUUGGCCAGUCAGUGGAGUCGUACUUCCCCUAAGGAGCUGCCGCUGGAGCAGGCGUCGGACGCGGCACGAGCAGCUAUCGCCUUCUCUUUCUUCUCCAUCCUUACCUGGGCGGGCCUUACGGUGUGCGCCGUUCAGAGGUUCCUGCUCGGUACUGACAUGACACUGUUCACCACCGAGCACAUGGCCGCCCAUCCGCCCAAGCAGCCGUACCCCUCCAAUGACAUCAUCGGUCAGACCACCAUCCCCGUCAACGCUUUCCAGAGUCCACCGCUCAUCGAAACCGUGGAGACCUGCCCCCCUGGAUACAAGAUCCCGCCUGCAUUUUAAUCCACAACCAAUCAGAAGGCAAGGAAUAUAGCAGCGCUAAAGGACUGAGUAUAGACUGCCGUCAAUGUUAGCUAAAUGUAUCGUAUCUUAUUGCAUUUUAGUAACAGGGUGGUGAGGAGAUGAUGCUCACUUUCUGUAGUCUGCACUAUAAUACAGUCUGAUAAUGUAUAGUCUCACUUCAACCUGAGCAAAGAUGGAUGUUUUGGGUUGAUUGUGAUUGCGUACACAAAUGUUUUACAUUCGGCUACAAAUAAUUGUCAAAAUCACCAUUGGCGAUUUAUUUAGUAUUUAUUGUUUAAUUAAAAAUAGUUAAAGGUGCACUAAGUAUUGGCUCUUGCAUCAUUAAAAAGACAAAGUUUUUGCUGAGUAAAUAUUGACAGAAUUUAAUGACUAAAAUUCAGAAAAAGCUUAUCUAAAUGAUGACUUUGUUGCCAGUUUGAUGAAUUGAAAUUAUGUGAUUGAAGUAAAAUCUUACAGGAAAACCUUAAAAAACUGGAGUUUUAGACCACUAAUAUGAGCUGGGUCAUAUUUCAUAUC